CACAUUUCUCUUCUCACCCAUACCCAACUUUACAUUACACGUUCCCCAAAUUUUUGUUGCCCCAAUUGACCUAAAGACCAUUGGGGCUGCUCUUUAUCACCGGCCACUUGAAGUUCAGACCUGGGAGGUGAUCAUGAAAAAACGGAAAAUAAAAAUAUGCGCAUGAACCACGUGCGAGUCUCCCUACAAUUCUGGCAGUGCGCAGAGAAGCAACAACGGCUCUCCGAUCCCGAACAUCUCAGUCGUACCCACUUCACCAGAAACUUGCCUUUCCAGUUAUCGUUCCUCGAAAUCAUAGAAGACCCGCUAUUUUGCUGCCUCGAACAAGCACAAAACCACAAAAUCGCCCUCUAACGGUCACAGCGAAGAUGAAGUCACGAAUCGAAGGCGUGAGCGACGAGUUGAACUCGAUUGCUUCACUGAAUCUGGAUCACGCGGCUGCUCGCAGACGGGUUAGAUCAGCUUUUUUCGAGCUUCAGCAACAGCUCGAUCAUCCACUUUUCAUGCUGGCUCCAACUGGGAUCAGAACUGAGGAGUGGUAUGAAAGGAAUUCGAGGGGAAUGGAAAUUUUCUGUAAAAGCUGGAUGCCUGAAGCUGGUGUGCGAAUGAAAGGUGCAGUGUGCUUUUGCCAUGGUUAUGGUGAUACUUGCACUUUCUUCUUUGAAGGCAUUGCCAAGCGAAUUGCUGCAUCAGGCUAUUGUGUCUACGCCUUGGACUAUCCUGGUUUUGGUCUUUCUGGAGGACUGCAUGGUUACAUCCCAAGCUUCGAUGAGUUAGUUGAUGAUGUUAUUGAACAAUAUACAAGAAUCAAAGGAAGGCCUGAAUUGCGAGGGUUGCCGCGAUUCAUAUUGGGUCAAUCAAUGGGUGGAGCUGUUACCCUCAAAGUUCAUUUAAAGGAACCACGUGAAUGGGAUGGAGUCAUUCUUGUUGCACCAAUGUGUAAAGUUUCAGAGGAUUUGAUGCCUCCAGCUGCAGUUAUGAAGGUGCUAACCUUUUUGUCUAAAGUCAUACCAAAAGCAAAGCUUUUACCUGAGAGGGAUCUAGCUGAGCUCAUGUUCAGAGAACCUGGGAAGAAGAAAAUGGCUGUCUAUAAUGUGAUAUGUUAUGAGGACCGAAUGCGAUUGAAGACUGCGAUGGAGCUUUUAAAGGCCACAAAUGACAUUGAGAUGCAAGUGGACAAGGUUUCGUCUCCACUGCUUGUUCUUCAUGGAGCAUCUGAUAAGGUAACCGAUCCUUCAGUGAGCGAGUUUCUUUAUAAAAAAGCCUCUAGCAAGGACAAAACUCUGAAACUCUACGAAGGUGGCUAUCACUGCAUUCUAGAAGGGGAACCUGAUGACAGAAUCGCUACUGUUAUAGCUGACAUUGUUUCCUGGCUCGAUUCACGGUGCUCGGCCAAGUAAAAGUUCAUGGCAUGCUUUCGCAGCUUCUAUCAUCUGCUUCAUGGCACCAGUGAUUCCAAUGUUGCAACUUCUUCCACUGUUUCUUUUUUCCUUAUGUAUGUAUUGAUUUUCUCCCACCAUUUCAACAUUUCAGUUGGUGGUGAUGGUUUUGUAACUGGAUUAGUUGGGUCUGAAAUUAAUAAAUAAACCAAAUUAUUAAUUACUAA